AAUUUAUUGGUUCUCGCUUUCACCUUUAUUGACCUUUCACCCUUUUUCUGUCUAUAAAAUAACGACGAAUAUCACGCAUCACGCUCACAGUCAUUUACUGCUACACACCAUUAUCAUUACCGCUCCUCAACUCUCUGUUCUGUUCGCCGGAAUUUCAUCCAUCCAUGGAAGCUAUCAACUUACUUAAGUUUUGGCGAAAUAGCGGCAGCGAUAGCAAUGCCGGUACUGAGCUCGUCUCCGACGAAACCGAUUCUCUCAACUAUUCAACCAAAUACACCGACGUCAGUCACAUUCCGGCAUCCGAAACCGACGACGACUCGGACAACGAGUCCUUUUUUGACUUGGUGUUGGACGGAGCUGAUCACUUCGGUAGAGAGAAGAAGUCUAAGACCGUGAAUGCGAGAUGCAAAGCUGAAAGAGGUUUCAAUUUUCCGGAGUCGCCCAAAGACGUGCUUCAAUUGAAACGAGGCGCUUCUCCGAUUUCACUGCUGAGAUCCGCCCCUAAAUUUCGAAUUUUCUUCUUAGGAUUUAAGAAAACGAAGCUGGAAGACGACUAUUCUGCUGCUACUCGCAUUCCGAAACAUCAAACUCAGACGCCGUUGCGGUUCGAGCAGAGCAAGCGGUUUUCUGUGAAAGUUGCCGAUUCCGAAAUCGUCGGCGCCUCCUUGCCUUGCAGAGAGAGCAGCUUGAGAAGCAAGCUUCAAAUGGAGAAAAAUGACGAUUCGUCUCUCGAUGGGCCGUCCAAACGGUUCACGAAAAAACCGGUUCCUAAGUAUUUGAAACUGAUUAAGCCGUUGUACGGGAAAUCAUCCAAGUACAACGAAAAGAGUAGCCUCAAUCUCGUCUCUGAUAAGAUUCCAGUCACAUCGGUGUUGUCUCCGGUAAAGGAGACAUUUGCGCCGGCGAGACGGUUAUCGGAGGAGAGACAGGGGAGUAGUAGGCCGGGCAGUUUCAGCGCAGUCCGGAAACACCUGGUUAAGAGCCGAUCGGCCUCCGCCGCGGCAUCACCGUCGGUUAGGAGAAGAGACGACUCAUUGCUGGAGCAGCACGACGGAAUCCAAAGUGCCAUUCUCCAUUGCAAGGCAUCGGCCAGAGGAUUUGGCAGUUCACUACUAUCACGAUCCAUUAGCGAACCGCAUCACCAGAAAUAUGCAGAAUUGCAGAGAAGAUCCUACGAGGACACAAAGAGAUGCAGCAUCUGACCGCUAAUCCAGCAAUUAGCGAUGUCGUUUUGUUAAUUAACUAAUUAUUAGUGUAGCUUUAUCUAUAUAUUUUGUUUAUUUUUUGAAAGAAAUGAAAGUUGGUGGGAAAAUAGAGUAGGGUAGUGUAGGGUCUGGGCGGUCAUCUCUGUGAGGGUAAGUUAAAGCUGCGAUGAUGACGUAUGUAGACGAAAAUUCAGAGAUAUGAUUAAACAAUGGAAAAGAAAAGGGGUUGUACUGUACUUAUUAUUAUGGCUAGGGAGAUAGUGCAGUUGAUUAUGCUGAAGGAGACUGGUAGGAGAAUUGAUUCAAAAGUGAUAAUGACGAACCACCGGUCACCACCAUACCUUAUUUCUACUAUGCAUUUAUUAUUACUGCACUUGUAGAAUGUAGAUGCUACACACAGUAGCAGGUGAUUCCUUCAAUGUGCACUCAUCAUCAUCCUCCCUCUUUUAUUUAAACUUGGAAAACCUAUUCUCUAAUUUGUUUUUAGGAACGAUAUGUGCAUUAACUGCACUAAGAGUUUGGUAAGACGAAUUAUAUUUUCAACUUGUCGGUCUCUAAUUAUUUUGUUGAACACCGAACAGUGUAAUUGUUACGGGAACCUUUGUUAUUUUGAAUAUUUUCAAAAGAAAUAGGACUGGGCUUAUUUUUCUGAUAGAAUUGUUA